AUGUCGUCGUCCAAUGUACACCCAUAUUUGAAUCGCAACAAUGUGGGCUUUGAUAUACAACACCAUGACAGCAGCGACACACCACUCGCCAAUAUACCCGAAUUUGUAAAAAAGUUAUUCUGCAUGCUUGAACAAGACACAAGGGCCGACAUCUUGACGUGGGGUGCACAUGGCAAAUCCUUUGUUGUCGUCGAUCCAAACGAGUUUGCACGUUUGAUAUUACCGAAGCAUUUCAAGCAUUGCAACUUUGCCAGCUUCGUUCGUCAACUUAACAAGUAUGACUUUCACAAGGUGCGAAACCCUGAAGAUGGAUCCCGUCCCUAUGGUGAACAGGCUUGGGAGUUUCAACAUCCUCACUUUCAAUAUGAUCGUCAAGAUUUGUUGGAUGGGAUCAAGAGGAAGGCCAGCACCAAAACAGGUGCUUCAGCUGCACGUCCAUCAGAGUAUUCAAGCAUGAAUGACCACGGCAAGCCAUCUGUAAAACAACAACAGAGCAAGAACCAAUCAACAAAAGGCAAGAGUCAUCAUGGUGCGUGGGAGGAUGAGAUGAAGAGCAUCAUGUUUCAGCUUCAAUCCCAAGUCAAGCAGUUGCAGGAGCAACACACGACAUCCACCACGCAUAUGCAAGGACUCGGUUACAAUUACAACAAAAUUUCAGACACCUUGUUUGGAUUGAAGGACACCUUGGCAUUACAAGAUCAGCUUAUGAAGCAAUUGGUGCAAGUGGCAACAACAACAACAAGAACAACUCAAGAUGCAAGGACAAACACAAAUGUACAGCAACAGCAGUGGGCGCAUUCCUACAAUCAACUUGCGCAUCAAACGAAUCAACAUGUGGAGCAAAUCACCCAACACGUCGGAUCACUACAAUAUGAAUUAAGCCUUUCCGAUCUACUGCCAUCAUAUGACAACCAUUCUACGCCAGCACAGGCUGGUGUGACAAUGACAACUAUGCUGCCACCAUCAUCAUCAUCACCAUCCACCUCCUCAUCAUCGUCUUUAUCACCCUCCACACAAAGCAGCCCCAAUACAGAGUUGGCUGUUGCCGAAUUGCGCGUGACCGAUCCUACCUUUAAGAGCUGUGAUGGUGCUCCUAUUACCAGUAGUCCUCCCACGAUCACACAUGAUAAGAGUCAUACAACAUCAACAUCACGGCAAAUGAUGCUGACAUUGAAUCCGACGACAACACGCAAACGAUCCCGUUCAUUUGUGCCACCGGGGUGGUCUGUGCCACCACGCGUAUUGCUAGUGGAUGACGAUUCUAUCUUUAGGCGACUUUCAACACGAUUAUUGGAAAUGGCGGGAUGUACCAUUGAAGUUGCUGUGGAUGGUGUGGAAGCUAUUGAUAAGCUUGGUACCGAUCAUUAUGAUAUUGUACUCAUGGAUAUCAUGAUGCCCAAUUUGGAUGGUAUCUCGGCAACGCGCAACAUUCGACAAUAUGAUACGUGGACACCCAUUAUAUCAAUGACAGCUAAUACGACCGAUCGUGAUGUCCGGGAAUACAUCAUGAGUGGCAUGACCGAUGUAUUACCAAAACCAUUGGAUCAAAGCACCCUUUGCAAGCUGCUCGAGCGAUACUGCGCCCACUUGAAAUUGAUGCAACGUCGGCAGAUCCCUCGCACAAUCGAACAAAGUAGUAGUGAUAAUAGCACCACAGCCUCAUUGUUGGUGGCUGCACGCUCAUCCUCGGGUGACAACAAUGAUCCUCUUGAACGAGAAAACAACAACAACAAUGAACAACAAAGUGUGACGACAUGGGUUGAAAUGAAUCCUGAAGAUUUCGCAUCCAUAUUGCCCCAACAGCAGCAGCAGCAGCAGCAGAUAAGCAGUAGCAGUUGUAGCACUCGACGUAGUACUACCACCAUGGAUCACCAUCAUUAUCAUACCAGCAGCAGUGUUGCAUCAUCAUCUACUUCAUCUACAUCAUCUUCAUCCUCAUCUUCAUUAUCAGUCGCCGAUCUACACCCGAUAUGGGGCAACACGUUCGCAUACAAUAUUCCAACAUGCACGUUUAUGCUGAACCAGGAGAUAUCCAAUGCUACUACUACGACUAGUCCUUCGACUACUACUACGAUCAAGCAGGAGCUGGAGGAGGAGGAGACGGACAAAAAUGUGGAUAUUAAUCAGGCACCAGCAUGUAAAAAGUUGAAAAGCUCCUCAUGGCAAUAA